AUGACAGAAAUUAUUGAUAUAGAACUAGUCGAUGACUUCGUUAACAAACCUAUUGUGAAGCAACACCAGAACAAGUUAUCAAAACCUAAGGCCAAGAAAAGGGGCCAAUUGACUUUUGAUGAUUUCCGAAAUAUCAAAAUUGUCGAGAAGCCUGUUGUCCUUUCUCAUAUUGGUUCCAUUGAUGAGUCGCUCGAUGCUGCUACCCAUACCAAUAAGCGUGAGAACGACGAAGAUGUCAAUGAUGAAGCUUUUCAAACCAAAAGAUCAAAGACAAACAUUAUGGGUAAACAUUCUAAUAUCAAAACUCACCCAAACGACGUUACUAAGACAGAAUUGAUUAAUGUCAAUAUCAAUAAUAGUAAUAGACCAUUAUAUACCCUAAAUUGGUCACCCAAUAUUCCUCUACGAUUUUCUGACAGCCGAAAGUUUGUGGCUGAAGGGACAGUAAUGAAGAGGGAGUGGGCGCCUCCUCUUUGCGUUUCACUUCCAUACGCAGGCGAUAUUAUGAAAGUUCUUUCGUUUAUUGUCAAAUUUAAAUCGGCCUUCACCGAAGAUUUAUUAAAUUUGUCAUUUCAGGAUGUGGAAAUUGGUUUAGAAUUAGCUGCGACUGAACAUUCUAUAGAGGAUAUCAGGCUCUGUCAGAAUAAAAUGAACCUUCUAUUUUGCGUCCUGUUAAGGACAUUGUUUAAUUCGGACAAAGGAACAGAGAAUCACUCACACAAGAAUUUCACGCUAGAGAGGUUUCUUAGUUUGAAGGAUCCAUACGCGAAAUUGGCCGGCAAGCUUAGAACAGGAGUACAGGAAUGGGGCUUGCCUCAAGAGUGGCGUGAUAGCAAUGAUUUAUUAUAUAUCUUGAACAUCGGUAAACAUGGCUUGUUGACCAUGAAGCCAUUAGAUAGGAUAAUCCUAUUAAGAAGCAUGAUCGAUUGGAAUUGUAGUUACUCAUCCGUCUUCCACAGCGAAAUUCAGAGGUUUACUCAUUUAAAAGGCGAUACCGGAUAUAGUCAUCAAACUUUUCAUGUUGCCAGGUUUACUAUGUGUGGAGCCGAAAGUGCGUUAGACAGUUUUCAGGUGUUGUGUUCUUUGAUGAAUCAAAAACUGGAAAACCGAAGGAAGAGGAAAUCUCAAGACGAGAGUAAAUUAAAUGAGAUCAAUGAGCAAAUAAAAUAUUUAAAGGAUGUCCGAAAGUCACUGGAUGAAAGGCCGAUUACGGACAAGUUACAAGCCACCAUCAAAGUCAAUGAACAAUGGAACAAGUAUUUUGCGAAUGAAUUAUCGCACACACCAAUUGAUGAUCCUAUGGCGGAUGAAAUUUACAGGUUAAGAUCAUCGGAGUUUAUGAUCGCGAGGAUCCCAAAGUUUGGAGAUUUUUAUUUGCCACCAUUUCGCAUUCGCAACAAUUAUGAUUCAGUCAAUACCACAUACAAUUUCAAUGAAAUGGGGACUUAUGUUGACUACUAUAUGAAGUUCAAGAAGAAAAAUACAAUGGCGCUGAAUAAACCGCCUGCAAGAAUUGCACGAAUGGAAAACAACUGUCAAAUCAAGCUUAUAUGUAACGAUACUUCGGCAUGCAUCCGUGACUUACUUUCCAAUGACGCUAGUUUGGCUAAGGCGUCACGUUGGUUUGAAGUUUCAGGAGAUCUGGACUCUUUGACUGGCUUCAUUCAGUAUUUAGAAAGCAUAUCGUCACUUAAGGAAAAUAUCGUAGACGAUACAAAGAAAGGCAUAGACAAUUUAAUCGAAUUCUUGAAAAUUUUCAGUAUAUUCAUAAGUGAAACCAUUCAAACUAUUACGGAUGCCAAUACAGAAAGUAUUUUGCGACGUCAUCCACGAAUAAACUCACGCCAAAUACGCAAAAACAAUUAUUCAGCCGAUGUAGAUAGCGACAAAGAAGGUGAAAUCACAAAUGACAGUGAGGUUGAUGAUGAUUAUGAUUCAGAAUAUUCCAGUGAUGAGAAUAGAUCAAAAAAAAAAAAUGGCAGUAGGGCAAGUGAAUAUCCUGAAAAAAUUGAAAUUGACAGUGAGGCUAAUGAUCAGGGUGUGAAUUACAGUGAUAUAGAAAUCUUCUCAGAGCCAGUGAGAGACCAGCACAAUGAUUCUAGGGAAAAGAGAAAUUUGAGGCGUAACGCCAGAAGAAACCUACCCUGUUGA